CUUUGGGGUUUAGGGUGAAGAAGUGAAAGACAUCAAAGUUGAGGUUAAAGAGGAAGAAGAAGAGAGGUUGGUGAGUGGAGAUCAGCAGUCUAUGGAGGAGGGUUGUCCUCUGGAUUCCCACAAUUCUACACAGGAAGAUCUCCAAUAUACAGAGAAUGGGAGAUCAGGAGAUCAGCAGUCUAUGGAGGAGGGGGAGAUGAUUAUGAAAAAUAAACAGGAGGAAUCUUCUCUACAUAUCAACACAGAUGGACUCUAUCUAUGGAACUCUACUGAGGGACAUCUUGUUGUAUCUCACACUUCUAAUGUAGAUGAAAAUGGAAUUGUACGAUAUUUUGUAGGAGUAAAUCCCGUUACUCAAAGCUUCAAUCACAGACCUUCCGAUCCCGACCGAUCGAUCCAUCCCUCUAAUUGUGAGGAACCUCCACAUACAUCCAAUGGUGAUAGUCAGGAUGUCCAUCUACGACCUCGCAGUGUGCCGACAUCAACAGAUCCAUCCAAUCCCCAGGAAUGCUCUUCAAGCCCUCAAGGUGAUCACACCAGAGUGGACUCGUUAUCGUGCUCGGUGUGCGGGAAAUCUUUCACUCAAAGCGAAGACCUUCUCACGCACCAGAAAAAUCACAUGGCUGCGCGUCCUCACGCGUGCUCCGAGUGCGGGAAAUGCUUUAUUCACAGAGGAGACCUUCUCCGACACCAGAAACUUCACAUGGACAAUCGUCCUUAUCCAUGUUCAGAGUGCGGGAAAUGUUUUACUGAGAGAAAAGUGCUCCUCACGCACCAGAAAAGUCACACGGGGGAGCGUCCUUUUUCAUGUUCAGAGUGCGGGAAAUGUUUCAUUCUGAAAAACGCACUGGUUAGACACCAGAGAAUUCACAGUGGGGAGCGUCCGUUCUCAUGUUCAUUUUGUGGGAAAUCUUUCAUUCAAAGAGGAGACCUUCUUAAACACCAGAGAAUUCACACGGGGGAGCGUCCGUUCUCGUGUCCAGAGUGCGGGAAAGCUUUCAUUGAGAAAGGAAAACUUGUUAUACACCAGAGAAGGCACAGGGGGGAGCGUCCGUUCUUGUGUUCAGAGUGUGGGAAAUGUUACACUGAGAAAGCAAAACUUCUCGCACAUCAGAGAAUGCACACGGGCCAGAGUCCUCAUUUAUGUUCAGAGUGUGGAAAAUGUUUCAUUCAGAAAGCAGACCUUCUUAAACACCAGAGAAUUCACACUGGCGAGCGCCCUUUCUUAUGUUCAGAGUGCGGGAAGUGCUUUACUGAGAAAGGCGCACUUCUUACGCACCAAAGAAUUCACACGGGUGAGCGCCCUUUCUUAUGUUCAGAGUGCGGGAAAUGUUUCCGUCACAAGAAAGCACUUACUACGCACCAGAGAAUUCACACUGGUGAACAGCCUUUUUCAUGUUCAGAGUGCGGGAAAUGUUUCGCUGAGAAAAAGACACUUCUCGCACACCAGAGAAAACACAGCGGCGAGCGUCCCUUCUCAUGUUCAUGAAAACGCAACAAAAUACACUGGCGCUGAACAAUGGUAGUAUGAUUCGAAAUAAGAAUAAGGACCUUUAGGAACUUAUCUCUCCUUGAAAGGGUGUAUAUGGGAGAGUCCAGAACUGCAAAAAAAAUAUAUAGUAACCGGAAGUACCAAAGAGACAUAAAAAAACACACUAAAAAUCCGUGCUCAUGGCUCUCAGAAAAUUCACUAUGUACCAAAAGUUAAAAAAGUCCACAGAUUACGUUUCGUAGAAAGAAAGAAAGAGUUGGGACUUCAAAUGAGAUGCGUGUUGAUGCAAACAGUGUGUAUAAGUAAAUAAAUAAA